UGACAAUAUGGUGAAAAUAUUGCAAAACAUCUUUUCAUAAUGAACAUGUUUUAGGUAUAUAUCUAUUUUUAUAUGCAAAAUUAUUGAAGCUUGAAGUUUAAAAAAUGGCAUCAUGGAUUGGAUGUUUGGUAUCAGUAAAUUGCGGGCAGACAUUGGGGUGCUAUCAAGGAAAAAUAAGCAAUGCCAGUGCGAAUCAGAUUACACUAAUAAAACCAUUUCGGAAUGGAAUGCCUUAUCCUCAACAAGAAGUCACUUUAUGUGCUAGUGAUAUUAUCAAGCUGUCAAUUAUUGACGAACAAGUAGAUAAUAGGCAAAACUUCAAUAGUAACACAGUACCAUCUGUAAAAUCAACAAAAAAAAAUUUGAUGUCAGUUUCAGAUGCACUUACUUCGAGUCACACAGAACAUGAAAAUAAUAAAGAACAACCUAAGGUUAAAGGAGUAGUUAUUAAUUCACUUAUAGUAGAUGUGAGUAAUGGAGGUAAAAGUGCAAAAAUACUUACUACUAAAAACAAUAACAGUUCAAGUAUGAAGUGGGACAAGAAAAAAACAAAAGAAAAAAAUGAUGAAUGCUUUGGAGGAUUAGAAGACAGGAAUAUUGAAGAAGAUUUUGACUUUGAAAAAAACUUAGCACUUUUUGAUAAGCAAGCUAUUUGGGAUAAAAUAAAUGCCUCAAAGCCUGAUUUGUUACGACAGGCAGGGGAUAAUAUGUAUAAAUCAAAUGAAAAAAAAUAUAGGCAUGAUGAAAAUGUUAUUGCUACAGUACCUGUGUCAUAUCGACCUAUUUCUGUGCUUCCAGAACAACAAAUAGAUAAUCAGCCAGCAAAAGAAUAUGUCACUGAUGAUGGAUUAAUUAUCCCUAGUAUAUCAACCGAUACACGAGAUAUAAUAUUUCGUGUAGCUAAUAAUGUUGGAUUAACACAUGAACGUAAUUCAGAAUUAAUGGGCCGUGCUGCUACUGAAAUUUCUUUACAGUUACUAGGUGGUGGAAGGAGAUUGAACCCUUCAAAUUCACACCAAGCACCUGUUAUUGUAGCAAUUUGUGGUAAUGGCAGAUCAGGCAGCUACACCAUGAAUGCAGCCAGACAAUUAGCUACUCAUGGAGUAAAGACAGUUGUGAUGAAAAUCUGCAGUAGUUUAGAUACUGCAAUGGAACUAGAGCACUCACUAUAUAGACUUACUGGUCAUAAAACAGUAACUAGAACUAGUGACCUUCCCCGGCCUGAUUUAAUAUUAGUAGGUUUUUCGCCAGGUGCAAUGUCUUUAAGCAGUAAUAUGUCAAUCAAAACUUGGAUCAAUGACAUUAGAGUCCCUGUUUUAGCAAUUGAUCCACCAAUAAAUGGCUAUGAAGGAUUCGAUUCAAAAUAUUCUAUAUUAUCAGUUUUGCCACUAUCAUAUACAGCCAGCAAUGGAAAAUUAUAUCUUUGCAAUCUAGGAUUACCUGAAUUGGUUUUCACCAAAAUAGGUAUCAAGUACAAAAGCCCUUUUGGAUCUAAAUUUGUGAUACCAUUGCAUAGUAAUGACUAUUUGUGUUAAUGUAUGGUAGAAAUUAUUUAUAUAUAAAAUUAUAUUCAGCAUCUUAUGAGUGAGAUCUA